UCCAAGCCUUUCUCAUGAAAGGAAAGAAAAUGGCGGGUGCAGUAGAUUUUUCAGGUUUUACUGAUAAUCAAGAUGGAAUGGCCGAUCUCAUGUCUAUGCCAAAGACUAUUACAGUUGAAGAACAAGAGGAAUCUCCACCAAGGUCACAGCAAAGAUCAGGAGACGCAAUGACUGUCCCUGAGCGCAUAGUAAUCAACGGUGAUCAAGGCGGGUAUUUGGCAUCGAAAAACGAAAUUCCUCGUGAAAUGAAAGAUGAAUUUGUACCUAAUAUGUUCAUGGGAGGAAUGAGUACACCACCGAGGACUCUGACUGUAGAUGAUACCACAUCUGCUUACUAUCCAGCCACUAAGUCGACAUCAAAACCAAAUGUUGGUAUCAAAGAAAGGCGAAUGAAACAAGAUGACAGAACAAAUGUUGACGAAGAAAGUAUACGCACUGGACUGGAGAUCAUUAAUGAAGUAAACCCUCUUCAAAGCGAUAGUGAAGAGAGCUUUGCACACGAGUAUGAGGUUGUUGAUCUGCGCAAGAAUGUUGUAAAACUGAAUAGACGUGUUGCCAURUUGGAGCGUGAAAUUGCACAAAAUGGAACGUUGGGAUUCUGGUCAAAACUGGUACUUUUCACAUUUACUUUCAUAAAUCCCAUUAUCUUAUCUUGGUUGUUUGGUCGAAGAAGAUAGACUGUUCUUGAUGUACACUAGACAAAUUUAUAGGAUAUGAUUGUUAAACACCUACUGGCAUCAUUGGUAUUAGUCAGAGUGGAAUAUCAACUGGCAUCAUUGGUAUUAGUCAGAGUGGAAUAUCAACUGGCAUCAUUGGUAUUAGUCAGAGUGGAAUAUCAGAUGACAGUGUACAUAUAUUAUACUCAUCAUGCUAAACAAUUUGCUGAUUCCACCUGGAGAAAUCUUUAUAACAUUCUUAUGAUAUAUAAGUUCUUAAAAAAAUGAUUUUCCAUCAUCUGCAAAAAGGAGAUUGACUGUCUGGCUGAUUUUAGUAAACAAUUCUUGAUGGGAAAUGAUGCUAUUUUGUUUGCAUUUCAUUACCUUAAAAUUCGCCAUUGUUUGCAUAUACCUUUAUUAGAUGUAAAUGAACACUGACAGUAAUUAUCAUGAAGUUAAUGUUCAGUCUCUUGAAUAUGUAUUGAUGAUCUGGUGAUCUGAUGUUACUUCAAGUGGUUGAUGAUUUAAUAUUAAUAUACAACUCUUAAUGUACUGUAAAUAUAAUAUGUGUGUCAUGUUGUGUUUAGCUACAGAACAAGAUUCCUUGGUAAACAGCACCCAGUGCAAUAURUUCGGGCUGUCUUAUUGUAGUGAUGCAAUGUAUAUCAUGUAUCCAAUGCAAUCCUCAUGGAAAUUAUUUGUYAAUGAUACUACGUUUUGUUCUCA